AUGUCUUCCUAUGCGCUUUUCACAUCAUGCUGCAACGAUUUCAAACCUGAUGAAUUGAUUCGACAAAUAUUGAAUAUUGACAACUUACCAUCAGCCAGCCACUUGAUUGAGGAUAUAUUGGGAUACGACUGGCACAUAGAUACCAAAUACUAUACUGCAGAUAUUCAGUUGUGCUGUACAGCAAGAAGAACUAUUGGUGAUGAAAGUUUUGCUGAGAAUGUCCAUGCUUUUGUGGUCUAUUUUGAUGCGGAGGAGAGCAAGACUUUUGAGCUGGCCAAGUCCUGGCUUCCCUACCUAAAGCAGAUAGAACCAGCAAUACAAAUCCUUGUUUGCCAUUCCUGUUCAGAGAGCACCAGUGUUAAAAAGAUCACUGCACAAGAAUGGUGCGUCGAUAAUAAUUUUGAGCUGGUGGAGUUAUGCCCUCUGGAAGAGAGUGACAGUGAAGAUGACUUCCAAGAAACAACAGGAACAAAAAGGAUAAUUCAGGCAUUACAGGCCCACACCUGGCCUGAUCUUGUGAUGAAAGAACGCCCAAGUAUUCGUAGUUCCUACAUGACAGAAUUGAUGAAAGAGGAAUCCUCAAAGAAGUUACAAGAUGUUGAGAAGCCUCUAGACCAGGAUGCUGAAGAGACUACAGAAAAUAGUAGAAUAGAUGGUACAGAAAUUAAUGGAGAGCCUGAGAGUGGUAGUGGAGUUGGGAAUAGUACUGCCUGUUGUGGGUACACUCCAGCUGCUACGACAGGCAAAUCAAAGAAAACAUCUGAUAAUGUUAUAAAUUCCAUGUUAGGGAUGGAAGACCUUGCUCUCUUUGAAGCUGUUGGAGCAGAUGAUCCUGGUGGAGAAUCUUUUGAGAAGCUGUUUGCAAAUUUCCGUCUUAUGAAAGAGAAAGCUGAAUCCUUACCACCAGAAGAAAGAAAGAUAUAUGCUGAACAGGUUGCUACAUCAUUUUGGCAUGCUAUAGGGGGGGACGAUAGCGAAGAGGAACUUGACCUACAGCAGUAGCCUCCUGGCAAGAAAAAUGGCUCCUUUCUAACUUCAUUGUCAGGCAUAAAUAUUUCCAUAAUUAUUCAGAGGUUGCAAAUAUAUCCAGUUUAUUUUCUGAAAACUUGUAUGUGAGUUGGUGCUUUACAUUUGAAAUGUACAUCCUUAGAACUGUUUUUGUAAUGUUUUGAUUAAUUUAUGGACAUAUGAUAUCUUGGAAUCAAGAAUAGAAAGGCUGAUGGAUCAAACGAAAACAAUAUCAUGAUAAUAUAAGAUUAGGAAGGUUGUGACUGAUUGGGUAUGAAAUGGCUGCAAGUUGCUAAAUAGCUUCAUUUGUAGUUUCAAAAUAACUCCUUCUGUAUUUUAUGAAGUAUCUUUCUGCAGUGCUCUAUAGAAAUUCUAUUGCAGAAAUACAUUGUCGAAGGCCUGUAAGGGAGCUUCUGUCUGAGAUGGUUUAGUGCUGUCAGGGAGAGGCUAUCUGAUGCAGUGUUGAAGGGACUGUGAUGCAGUGUAGAUAUGAUCUGAUCUUGGAGAUGGUGUAGAAGGGAGCUACUCCCUGAGACAGUGUAGAACAGAUGGUGUAGACAUGCUGUCCUGGAGUUACUCUCUGAUAUGGUGUAGAAGGGUGCUGUUGGCCUAGAUGGUGUAGACAUGUUGUCCUUGAGUUACUCUCUGAUAUGGUAUAGAAGGGACUGUUCUCCUAGGUAGUGUAGGCAUACUGUCCUGGAGUUACUCUCUGAUAUGGUGUAGAAGGGAGCUGUUCUCCUAGAUGGUGUAGACAUGCUGUCCUUGAGUCACUCUGAUAUGGUGUAGAAGGGAGCUGUUUUCCUAGAUGGUGUAGACAUGCUGUCCUUGAGUCACUCUCUGAUAUGGUGUAGAAGGGAGCUGUUGGCCUAGAUGGUGUAGACAUGCUGUCCUGGAGUUACUCUCUGAUAUGGUGUAGAAGGGAGCUGUUGGCCUAGAUGGUGUAGACAUGUUGUCCUUGAGUUACUCUCUGAUAUGGUAUAGAAGGGACUGUUCUCCUAGGUAGUGUAGGCAUACUGUCCUGGAGUUACUCUCUGAUAUGGUGUAGAAGGGAGCUGUUCUCCUAGAUGGUGUAGACAUGCUGUCCUUGAGUCACUCUGAUAUGGUGUAGAAGGGAGCUGUUUUCCUAGAUGGUGUAGACAUGCUGUCCUUGAGUCACUCUCUGAUAUGGUGUAGAAGGGAGCUGUUGGCCUAGAUGGUGUAGACAUGCUGUCCUGGAGUUACUCUCUAAGAUGGUAUAGAAGGGAGCUGUUGGCCUAGAUGGUGUAGACAUGCUGUCCUGGAGUUACUCUCUAAGAUGGUAUAGAAGGGACUGUUUUCCUAGAUGGUGUAGACAUGCUGUCUUGAAGUUGAUCUCUGAUAUGGUAUAGAAGGGACUGCUUUCCUAGAUGGUGUAGACAUGCUGUCCUUGAGUUACUCUCUGAUAUGGUGUAGAAGGGACUGCUUUCCUAGAUGGUGUAGACAUGCUGUCCUUGAGUUACUCUCUGAUAUGGUAUAGAAGGGAGCUGUUCUCCUAGAUGGUGUAGACAUGCUGUCCUUGAGUUACUCUCUGAUAUGGUGUAGAAGGGAGCUGUUCUCCUAGAUGGUGUAGACAUGCUGUCCUUGAGUUACUCUCUGAUAUGGUAUAGAAGGGACUGUUUUCCUAGAUGGUGUAGACAUGCUGUCUUGAAGUUGAUCUCUGAUAUGGUGUAGAAGGGAGCUGUUUUCCUAGAUGGUGUAGACAUGCUGUCCUUGAGUUACUCUCUGAUAUGGUGUAGAAGGGAGCUGUUCUCCUAGAUGGUGUAGACAUGCUGUCCUUGAGUUACUCUCUGAUAUGGUAUAGAAGGGACUGUUUUCCUAGAUGGUGUAGACAUGCUGUCCUUGAGUUAGUCUCUAAGAUGAUGUAGAAGGGAGCUGUUCUCCUAGAUGGUGUAGACAUGCUGUCCUUGAGUUACUCUCUGAUAUGGUGUAGAAGGGAGCUGUUCUCCUAGAUGGUGUAGACAUGCUGUCCUUGAGUUACUCUCUGAUAUGGUAUAGAAGGGACUGUUUUCCUAGAUGGUGUAGACAUGCUGUCCUUGAGUUACUCUCUGAUAUGGUGUAGAAGGGAGCUGUUCUCCUAGAUGGUGUAGACAUGCUGUCCUGGAGUUACUCUCUGAGAUGGUAUAGAAGGGAGCUGUUCUUCUAGAUGGUGUAGACAUGCUGUCCUUGAGUUACUCUCUAAGAUGAUGUAGAGGGGAGCUGUUCUAGAUGGUGUAGACAUGCUGUCCUGGAGUUACUCUCUGAUAUGGUAUAGAAGGGAGCUGUUCUCCUAGAUGGUGUAGACAUGCUGUCCUGGAGUUACUCUCUGAGAUGGUAUAGAAGGGAGCUGUUCUCCUAGAUGGUGUAGACAUGCUGUCCUUGAGUUAGUCUCUAAGAUGAUGUAGAAGGGAGCUGUUCUCCUAGAUGGUGUAGACAUGCUGUCCUGGAGUUACUCUCUGAUAUGGUGUAGAAGGGAGCUGUUCUCCUAGAUGGUGUAGACAUGCUGUCCUUGAGUUACUCUCUGAUAUGGUAUAGAAGGGAGCUGUUGGCCUAGAUGGUGUAGACAUGCUGUCCUUGAGUUACUCUCUAAGAUGAUGUAGAGGGGAGCUUCUUCCUUAGUUAGUGUAGAAGUGCUAAUAGAGUAUUGCUCUAUGAUACAGUGUUCAGAAUGCUACUCUCUUACUCUCUUGUGGAAGUGCAAUAGGUGUUACAUUUUGUUUUACAAUGUAUGUGAUAUAUGUAAACUAGAUGAAUAUUGCAGAUUGUCCUUUUUACAACUGUAAGCCAUUCCAACUCAGAAAAGGAGAGAAACAAUGUCGUAUUAUAAAAAAAACAAUCAGGUAUUAAUGUGUGUAGGUAUUAAUAGUAUGUAUAAUGUAAUACAUAUGUAGUUACAGUUAUAAGUAUACACAUCCAGGAAUGUAUAUCUAUAAUCGGUAUGGAAUUUUGACACUUUGGUCAAUAACACACAUCAUAAUCAGUAUUCAGUUAUGUUGAACAUACAAGCUAGACUUGUUUAUUUCAAAACCUCUUUUCAAGUCUGUGAAUCGUUAAUAACUAAACUAUUGAUCAAGCUGUAAAUCGUCAGUAUUCAUGUAAUGGUUGAUAUUGUUGAAGAUUGUGGUGAUUGUUACUCCGGCAUAUCACUGCAUUCACAUACACACAUAAAAUAAUACAGUAUUUUGUAUGUAUUGUAAAAGUAUAAAAUUCUGUAUGUUUAUUUUAGUUAGUGAUUUAUGUUUAAAUUGAUAUUUUUGUGUGAAUGUAUGAACCUAAUAUUGUAAGGCUGGUUAUUCUCUUGUGUAGAUAUAUUUGAAUCAAGCUCUCACUAUGAACUACUGUAUAUGUUUUAUUUGGUGCUUAUUUCCGAUCGUUUAUUUGUCCCUCCUCCACAUCCUUCAUCUUGUCAAUGAACAUUCCAACUCUAACUGUUACACGACAUUUGACAGUUCAGACUUCUUGUGUUUGUGAAAUUUAGUCAUCUUUUUGAUUCAGUCAAUAUUUUGGUAUUUUUAGUCAAUCUGAAUAUGUACACAUAAGCUUUGUGACAAUGUGUGAUAUUGGACCUUCAAAAUGAAACACAUAUACUGCAAUAAUGUCGGUAGAUUUAUAGAAUAUUUUUCAGUUUAGAUUUUUUUGUUGUUACUUAUUGAUUUUAAAAAUAGAUAAAAAUAUUGGUACUGUUAAUCUACGGAAUGCACUGAAGACAGACAACAUAUCGCCCAACCCUCAAAACAAUUACUGUGAUAACAUGCUAUCUUUCAGUUAAAUAUAAUGGUUGUCAGCUAGUAAAUAGGAAUAAUAUUGUAUGUUUUUGGUGAGCUUGAUAAGAAUAAAAAAUCAAAACAGAUAA